AACCGUCUUUCUACAGAGAUAGAAAAACAAAUGUUCAGUAAUCUGAAAUAAAUUAGUUCUCUUCUUCAAUGGGUUUUCAUCUUCUAUCUUGCUCUUCCCAUUUCCAUUAAUGGGUUUUCUCAUUUCAAUCCCAUAAAGAAAAAAGAAAAGAGAGGAUGCCGCCAGGUUGGUUCUCCCUAAGAAAGUCCCUCCAUUGCAGGUCAAAUCCAUCAGAUGUCCACGAACCAAAAGUCUUUAACAACAAUGCCAGUAUUCUAAGCAGCUUACCCACCAAGAAAAAAGCAUCUGGCUGUUCAAGAUCAAUCUCAAAUCUCAGAGACGUCAUCAAUGGCAGCAAGCGAUACACAGAAAAGGCUCCAUCUUGUAGCCCAAGGUCAAUCGGUAGCAGCGAUUUUCUAAACCCAAUUACCCAUGAAGUUGUUUUCAGUAACUCAGCCUGUGAAAUCAAAAUUACAAGCUUGAUUGGUACCCAAGAAGGUAGCAAAAAUGGAAACGCCGUGGUCGCCGCCGCCGGCGGCGGCACCAGCGGCCAAGAAUUUUUGGGUACUGUCAGGCCUGGGACUCCUGUUCCUCCUAUAGGGCCUAGUAAUAAUAAUAAUGGAGAACAGAGAAGCUUUCCAGGUAGAAGAGGGAGCUUUGGACUCAAUACAGGAGGGAUGCUUCCUCCCAAACCAAGGGCGUCUUUUAGGGCAGAUUGUACUUCAAAUGGAUCUUUCUCUAAUUGCCAUAAAUGCGGUGAAAAGUUUGCAAAAUGGGAAUUUCUUGAGACCCACCAUCUCUCUAACCACGCUGUGACUGAACUGGUUGAAGGAGAUUCAUCAAGGAAGAUUGUAGAGAUGAUAUGCCGAACGGGUUGGCAAAAAACAUCAGAAAACAGUAAUCAGAUCGAGAGGAUUUUGAAAGUUCACAAUAUGUCUAAAACAGUAUCCCAAUUCGAAGAAUACAGAGAAUCGGUGAAGGUGAAAGCCAGCAAGUUACAGAAGAAGCAUCCACGUUGUCUAGCCGACGGGAACGAGCUUUUAAGGUUUCACGGGACCACCGUCGACUGUUCAAUCGGUGAAAAAGGGUCGUCCAGCGUUUGCGUUUCAGAGGAUUGUGGCGUUUGUCAAAUCUUGAAAAAUGGGUUUGUCACCAAGAAGGAAGGCGUUUUCACGACCUCAACUAGCGGGAGUGCUCUUGAAGGAGCAGAAUCCAGCGACGGCGGAGGUGAACAUCAGCAAAGGAAGAAGGCGUUGGUUGUGUGUAGAGUGGUUGCUGGGAGAGUUCAUAGAGCUUUGGAGAAUUUAGAUGAAAUGGUUGGACAAACUGGGUUUGAUUCAGUAGCUGGAAAGAUGGGUGUUUAUUCAAACAUUGAAGAACUUUAUUUACUGAACACCAAAGCUCUUCUUCCCUGUUUUGUAGUUAUAUUCAAACCAUGAAAAUGAUUGGUUUAGCUUUUUAGCUUCAGAAGUAAUGUUGUUCAUCAAUUAUAUAUUGCAUGUUAAUGUUAUGUUUUCAAGAUUCAAUUUUUCUUCA